AUGGCAUCUAAAACAUCUUCUCUGGGGACUCGGCUCUACACGGCCAUUUCCGUGACUCUUCUGACACUGUGGGCGAUAACCACUCUAGGCUUCACGGCUCUCGACAUCCUCAACACCAACCGCAGCCUGGUGGAACCCAUCGCCUCCCUCAGUCUUCUCACAUACCUGGUCUGCCGCCUAAUUGUAUUUUUGCAACCGGCACAAAAUGAAUCCAUUGCACACCUACUGACCGCACCCCGCCGCUCGCGCGGUGAGGCACUUGCAAUGCUCCUCUUCUGCGGCACUUGGCUGUAUGAACUAGUUCACAAAGCCAUGUUGAUGUUUUUCAUGACUAUAUUCGGCGGGGCUAUUGCAACGGCUAUCUACAACGACAAGAUCGAGUGGACGGAGAAUCCAAGUGAUUCGGAUGUUGACGGCACUGCUCUGGCGGAGAUCAAUGAGUUCAAGGAGAGGGCGGGUGUUGACCCGAUUGAGAUCUUUAAGCGAAUUCCACCUAAGGUUCUGGUUUAUUUCGCGGUUCUUGUUUGGGUUAACUUUGGCACACUCAGUGUUUAUGUUCUUCGGCUUGCGUGGAGGUCGGUGAAGUUGGCUUUUGGGGCACCGCCGACGUCGGUCUCUGCAGGGAGGCAAUAA